AUGCAUACAAUUGGGCAAUGCGGGAUUCAUCCAAACGGCUGGUGCUUUGUCAUGCAUGGUGCGUUUGUGUUCCGAAAGGAAACUUGCAAUCUCCAUGAAGUUCUGGUGCAAAUCAUAAUAAAUCUAGUAGCUUUUGUCACACUUCUCGCAUUGAACAAGGCUGCUGAUCAUUCUCAUGCGAUUGGACAGGAGUACGUUUCAUUGUAG